UGAAAAUCAUUAACUAAACCCUUAACAUGCCACACAUAUCACAUCUCUAACCGCACCCCCGUCUGAGAUAGCGCCGCACGGGUAACCUCUCCGCUUCAGGACGCUUGCAAAAAACACCAGACGGCUGGAGAUACUACAGAUUGCACAUUAACUCCUAACGCCGUGACGCAACCUGUUUAUUCCUGUGACCAAUCAGCGCUUUCUUUUUUUCCCUGAGCAAGUCGUUGCCUGUCUGUUUCUUUGGCAUGCCAUCAAAGACCAAAACAAAAAAUGGAGCAUUUGAGAACAUUUCCGAGGACACAGAUCAUUUCAGGACGCAGUUCUGGGUUUCAGGCUCCGGUCCGCAUGCGGUCAUGCUGUCCUUAGAUGAGCCACUGGACCUGAAGGUGCCCAGGGGGCGUGUCGGUGGGCGGGACAGAGGCACCAUGUCUCCGCCCACUCUCACUCCCUCUCCCAUACACGCCAGGGGGGCCGGGCAGCUGCGGAUGGCAGACGACGGUACCGCAGUCAUCAUUCCAGCGUCUCCUGCCUCCCCACACACAGGUGUCCUGCAGGACAAGUCCGAGACCCCCACACCGCCCGCCGUGGACCUCAGCAUGUCCCCGUCCGCCCGCAACCCCGCCUGCUCUCCGGAUCUUUCCAAUGGGAACGGCUCAGCUCACAUUUUCCACGGGGACUCGGCUCAUAUCCGUUAUGUGGAGGGAGGAGCCACAUCUCAAGCGUUCCAGUUCUUUGUGCCCAUUGGAGGAGGAGGAGGGCUUCACCUGCCUUCCUCCAUGUUCAUUCGGCAGCCCAGGGACACAAGAGCUUCUCCAGACCUCUCCGCAGAUGAACAGCUGGCCUGUCGCUGGAGGAAGUGCCACCUACUUUUUGACUCCUUGCAAGACCUGGUGGAUCAUGUCAACGACUUCCAUGUGAAGCCUGAGAAGGAUUCUGGGUACUGUUGCCACUGGGAGGGGUGUGCACGCAAAGGACGGGGAUUCAACGCCAGGUACAAGAUGCUGAUCCACAUCCGCACUCACACCAAUGAAAAACCUCACCGUUGUCCAACUUGCAACAAGAGCUUCUCCCGACUGGAGAACCUCAAGAUUCACAACCGCUCACACACAGGAGAGAAGCCCUACAUCUGUCCUUACGAGGGCUGCAACAAGCGCUACUCCAAUUCCAGUGACCGGUUCAAACACACACGCACACACUAUGUGGACAAGCCCUACUACUGCAAGAUGGUGGGCUGCUUGAAACGCUACACGGACCCCAGCUCCUUGAGGAAGCAUAUCAAAGCUCAUGGGCACUUUGUAGCCCAGGAUCAAGGAGGUCCGGGUGGGGUGGGCUCCUUGAUGAAGCCAGGGCCGAUCGCUGGGGUGGGGAAAGAAUCUGAGCUGACUUACAUCAGCGGGGCCCACAUCAUCAUUCCUGGUGCUGCCGCUGCUCUUUUGGGUGGUCACGGUCUGCAGGGUCUUGGAGGCUCCCUCCCCUUGUCCCCCCUCAGUCCCCGCCCCUUGGACUUGAGCACGCUGGGCUGCCCGAGCUCCCCUUCAGCUGGGCUUGGGGGGACGCCCAUUCUGUCCUUCAGCGGUUCCCCACUUGGCCUAGCCAAGUCACCAUUGCUGUCUCAUACCUUCUCAUCUUCCACCCUGGGGUUGCCCAUGGUUCCCAUUUUGGGCUCGGAGCGCAGGGACCAUGCCAAGGGCAAGACCAGGGGCGAGGAAGGCGAGAACGAGAUCCACAGUGGCGUGCUCAACCUGUCUACGGGAGUGUCCCACGACCCCCUGUCUUGGGUUGUCAUCCCCUCUGGCCAGGUGGUGCUGAAGCCAGCUGUGGUCAACUGAGCAUGACAUUCCAGAAGAACGGCAGGGGAAGGGUGGGGGUGGAACAGGGGUCAGAGGUCAGAGCCAAGCCUGAGGGGGAUUUUCACAAAGCAAAUUCAGUUCUGCAUGGAGGUGACGCCCUCUUCUUCAACUUUUAGUACUAUUUCGGUUCUAAUUUCUACCUUUCAGACAGACACGGCUACCUGUUUCUUGUGGUAAUAACGAGCAAAAUAAAUCAGCUUAACAGUUCGGAAAGAGGCCAAACAUUCACCUCCAUUUCAUUCUCAAUCUGGUUUAUUUUAUUGCCAGGGGUUAGGGGUAUCAAAUCCUGCUACGGGAGGGCCAGCUUCCUGGAGAGUUUAGCUCCAACCUGUUUCAACACACCUGAUUGGAAGUUUCAAGUAAUCCCGAUGACCUAGAUUAAUUGGUCAGUUAAUUCAGGUGUGUUUGAUUAUGGUUGGGGUUAAACCAGAGGUGGACAAUUAUGGCCCUCGAGGUCCACUCUCCUGCAGAUUUAGUUCCAACCCUAACCAAACACACCUGAACAACCUACACA